AUGCACAGACCUGAUGGUAGACUGAGUUUCACACGCCUGAUUCCCGAUGAGGUCAGAAAAUGUUCGUCAAAAGGAGAAAUUGUCAUUCUCUUAGAUAAGCCUGGUUCAAUUGGAAAAGAAAAUUUUGAAAUACUGAAGAAUUUCAUUCUUGACUUCCUUGUGCAUUUUGUGAUAGGUCCUAACGCCAACCAAAUCAGCGUUGUCUCGUUCGAUGAUGAUUCAAAGGAAGAGUUCAAUCUAAAUCCUUACUCAUCAUUAAAUGAAAUACGACCUGCUAUUUCGGCUAUCGAAUACUCCAAGAAAGGAGCAAACAUUGGAAAUGUGCUAAAUGUUACGCGCCAAAACUCAUUUACAUCAUCUCGGGGUGCGCGUUCUGAUGCUGCUAUAAUCGUUAUCUUGAUAACCGAUGAAAUUAGUUCUAUUUCUAAUGAAGCCAAAUUACUGAAGGAAAAUAACGUCACCAUUUUCUGUGUUGGUGUGACAGGUGCAGUCAAUGAACAAGUCUUGCAGAACGUGUCUUCACACAGUAGUUAUACGUAUAUAACAGAUAAUUUUACUGAUCUCUCACUCAUAACACCAAUUCUUGCAGACAGAUCAUGCGCAGACCAUAUAGACGACUGUUUAAGCAACCCCUGUCUAAAUGGCGGUACGUGCGAAGAUCAGUUGGGUAAAUACGUGUGUCACUGUAAUGGAAAUACGACAAGCAAAGACUGUUACAUCCCAGGAUUACCAGACGUAAGAACCGGAAGGGGACAAACCACAAAACUUGGAACUGAUGCAAAUAUAAGCUGUUAUCCGAUAUAUUUCACUGGUAUUUUUUGGGAGUUCCAACACAACGGUGUCACCUCCAUCGUUGAUACCUCCAACUCAAAUAAAUACAGCGGAGGGACCGUGCCAUCCCCGUCCUUAACAAUUCGCAACUUUAUAAUAAAUGACAUUGGUAGUUACAGAUUUUCUGCGAGGAACUCCAAAGGCACUGCCCACAGUCCAGUCAUGGCCUUUAUGGACGUACCCAAAUGUAAUAUCUCAGUAUCGACUCUUUCAACAGUAACGGGUGUAGAAGGUCACAACGUCACAUUGAUUUGCGAUGUCUCUUCUAUCUACCCACCUGUAAUCUCUGUUACCUGGAAGUUUAAUGACAUUGCAAUAGACACUCUGUUAGGAGGGAAAUACCAGGGCGGAUCUAUCUCCUCACCCUCAUUAUUUAUCAACAAUCUGAAUGCUACUGACCAAGGCAACUACACUUGCUCUGCCACAAAUGAGUUUAAUACCAGACAAGCAUACGUAUAUCUAACUUUGGCAGAUUCGUGUGACUGUGCCUGUGGAACAUAUUACGAUUGAACUCCAUCUUUGGUUGGAAAGCCAUGUCCAUGCACAAUAAGCCUAUGGAAAGUGGCAAUCACUGCAGUGAUGUUGAAAGGUGCUUUACUUGGGAUAGCUUUGCUAGGCUACAAACUUUACAAAUAUAAAUCCAAAAGAUCAUCUUUGUAUUCUUCUCGUGUAGAACCUGAAAUUGAUUUAUCACAGCAGAUUGUUUAUGAACGUGAUAAUUAGAUUCUA